AAUCUUUCUAACUUAUUAAUUCUUUUAACUUCAGAAAUUUAUCCCUUGACAUUUAUAAAAUCUUCCUCACUAUCUGAACUUUAUUACUACACCAAAUCCCUACCACUAUUUAAUUUAACAGCAGAUCCUCACAAAGUUUUAACCACAGAAGCAUUUGAAAGUGGCCUUCUUGAAGGCAAAAUUUCCGUUGUCCAUGCAAGAAUUGAAGAAUUAAAAAAAUCAGGCAGAUGGUCUUUAAGACAACCCGAGAAGUAUCAAGACCCUUUUUUAUUCAAAAGAAACGUUAAAAACAAUUAUUCGCACUGGGAUUUACUAUUGAGUGAAAUGAAUUGGAUGUCAAUAGAUUUUAAAGAAUCAAGAAAAUAUAAAAUUGCAACAUGUUAUUUUAUUUCAAAAUCUAUCAUGGAUUAUUGGAAUUUAGGAAAAGAUUUUUGCUGCAUUAAAAGAAAAAAAAUUAACUUUUUACCCAACAAUCAAGAAUUUUCUAAUGAGAAUCAAUCAAUUUUCAAAUCUCUGCAAAGCAUUAAUGCUUUAAAAGACAGACAGCAUGAUACUUUGAAAAUCAUGGGAGAUGAGUUUAAAAGAAUACCCAUCGUUCCUGUAUCUAAGUUGUUGGUUCCAUAUGAAGAAAACCAUGAUUGGUUCAAAGUUGUUUUGAAAAAGAAAUCAAAUCACUCGAUCAACGACAAAGCUCUUGACCGCAAGUCUUUUAAUCCUUCAAAAAAGAAUGGACUUUUUUCUACUAAAUCUGAAUUCUUAUUGUUACCUUUAAUUCCACCAAAACCACCUUUAGCUAGAACAACGUCUCUCAGACCUCCUUCUAUUUGGACCCCGAAAGAAGAUAAGGAACUUUUAAUCUGUGCUGAAAAGUUUCAAAGAAACUGGAAUUUAAUAUCAUCUUGUUUAUUUAAACGAAUUUCUAGAUCUAGAUAUGAAAGUAACAUAGAAAGAAGAACACCUUGGAUAUGCUUUGAAAGAUUUUUUCAGUUAAAUAGUGACAAGUAUCAAUUAUCUGACCUUCAAGGCCCCCAUGCACAACAAACAAUAAAUUGGAUGGAUCAUAUUAAUAAAGUUCAGAGCUCUACAAAAAGGAGAGUUUUAUCUCUUGGUGCUGGAAAUGAAUCAAUCCAAAGAGGUCAUAGAAAAUUAAGAUGGGCCAGUAUGUUUGAUGCGAUAAGAAAAUGUAUGAAAAAAAGAGAAGUAAAGCCAAAAUCAAAAAAUUCUUCUUUAAAAAAAUAUAUUCAAGUUGAUUCAAUUCAGGCCUCUCCAACUCCAAUAGAAUUAUCGCUAAUGAAAUAUGAAAGUGAUUUACGUAAUAAUAAUGCUCAAAGAUCUUUUUCUCAACUUUCAAAUGUGAAUCAAAUGAGGCAGAUGCUAGCCAUUCAAAAAAAUCCAGCCGCUAUUCUUGCACAACAGCAACAACAACAAAGAUUGAAUCCUCUUCCACGACCUGCAACAGCACCCAAUAGUUUACCUCAGCAACAGGCACAACAACAAUUGCAACAACUCCAACAACAACAAUUGCAGCAACAAUUGCAACAGCAGCAACUUCAACAGCAAAAA